AUGAAAUCAACAACUGCGUUGGCCUUGGCCAGUUUUGUCAAGUCCGCCUUCGGACAUGGAUACUUGACCAUCCCCUCCAGCCGCACCCGGCUUGGUUCUGAGGCCGGAAUAGACACUUGCCCUGAGUGCACGAUUCGAGAGCCCGUCGAGGCAUGGCCAGAUGUCACCGCCGCCACUGUCGGCCGCAGCGGUCCUUGUGGCUAUAAUGCCAGGGUCAGUGUCGAUUACAACCAGCCGUCGGACAACUGGGGCAACUCCCCUGUGGCAACAUACGCGCCCGGCCAGACCGUUGACGUCCAAUGGUGCGUCGACAACAACGGCGACCACGGCGGCAUGUUCAGCUACCGAAUCUGCCAGGACCAGGAGCUGGUUGACAAGUUCACUACCCCCGGGUACCUCCCCACCGACGAAGAGAAGCAGGCCGCCGAGGACUGCUUCCAGCUCGGCACACUCAAGUGCACCGACGUGUCGGGCCAGACCUGCGACUACAGCCCCGACUGUUCCGAAGGGCAGGCCUGCUGGAGGAACGACUGGUUCACAUGCAACGCGUUCCAGGCGGACAGCCGACGAGGGUGCCAGGGCGUCGACAACGCGGCUCUCGGGUCUUGUUUCACCACCAUAGCUGGCGGCUACACGGUGACGAAGAAGAUCAAGAUCCCCGAAUACGUCUCGAACCACACCAUCCUCUCGUUCCGAUGGAACUCGUUCCAGACAGGGCAAGUCUACCUAACCUGCGCCGACGUCGCGAUCAGCGACGGCGGGAGCACCCCUCCCUCUUCCCCGACGGGCACCAGCACCAGCACCAGCUCGGCGGCGGCGACCACGACGAGCGCCGGCUGCGCGGCCGCCAACAGCGUCGCCGUCACGUUCAACGAGAUGGUCAAGACGAGCCCCGGCCAGACUAUCAAGAUGGUGGGAUCGAUCCCGGCCCUCGGGAACUGGGACGUCUCAUCGGCGCCCGCGCUGUCCGCCGCGCAGUACACGAGCUCCAACAACCUGUGGACGACCACAGUGACCCUGGCGGCGGGACAGACGUUUGAGUACAAGUUCGUCAACGUUGCGUCGAGCGGGACCGCGACUUGGGAGAGCGAUCCGAACAGGUCGUAUACGGUGCCGCGCAGCUGUGCUACUUCCGUGGCUGUCAAUACCAACUGGAAAUGA